GUUCACUUCAAAAUUAGUCAUACCCGGCCGUACUAGAACACGAGGAAAGUUAAACCCCUAUUGUUGCUGCACAUUUCCAUGGCCUCACCGCCGCCGCGUCCCGCCUUCAUCGGCGGCCUUCAGAGCACCAAGAAACCUCUAGGCCUAUUAGCCAACGCCAAGAAGAGAAAGCACAGCUUCAUUCAGUUCUUCGCGAUGACCGGAAUUCUGCUCCUGAGCGUCCGCUCUCUGGGCCAGAAGUACCGAAUCAACGAUCUCCAGGGAGACAUGGCGGCGCUGAGAGAAGAGGAAGACGGCCUCAGUAAACGAAUGGAUCGCAUCAAGCAAAGCCUUCUCGCCGAAGCUGCCGCCGAUCCGACCGGCCGAUUUGCUUCCCGGCUCCGCACCCUCUUCGCCGAAGACAAGUAAGAUUAGGGUUUUUUAUCAAUUUUCUAAUUUCUAUGGCCCAUACUGCAUUUCCAUGAUCCUGAAUCACUACGUGUUGAUUUCAAUUUGGAAUUUGAGAUUUCUUGGAGAAUACAAUAAUGUUAUGUUUGGGAACAUGGAUUUGGAUUUCAAAUCCGGAUUUGGCUCAAAUUCUAUGUUUGGGAAACAUAAACAUUGCGAAUUUGGAUUUGAGUCUAAUUGUUUUCAUUCAUAACAAAGCUUAAUUUGAAAUCCAUGUACCUCCCCUUGUCAUUUGAAAUUCAGAAUUUCAAAUUUUGGAAUUGAAAUACAAGAGUUGAAAUGAAAUGCUAGUUGCCAA